CAUUUUAAGUUUUUUCUGUAAAGGAGAUGUGAACGUAUUUGAACAUCAAAGAACCACGACGUCUUGUGAUUUAGUGCUUUUUAUUCGAAACUGAAGAAAAUAUUUCGGGGAGAAUUAAGGAUGAAUUUAACCGAUGACAUCAACAGAUCAUGGUCGUUGGGAUGUGUGAGGAGAUGCACAAAGUCAUAAGGGACGAAGAUUGCUUGUUAUCUCGACAAAAGCUUCGCUUCAGAAACAUGAGGGAUUGUCUCCUGUGGAACUUCGCCAAAGUGGUUCUGUUCUGGACAUUAGCUGAUGCUCAGGCAGGUGAAGAUGAGAUUACAGCUGAAGAACAGGUGCAGAUGCUGCUGGAUGAGAAGCUGCAGUGUCAACAGAAGAUCUCCACAGAUGACCCUACAGUUGGUGUUUGUGUCCCAGAGUGGGAUGGUCUGAUAUGCUGGCCUCAAGGCUUCCCUGGAACCCUGACCAAGACUCCCUGCCCCAGAUACAUCUACGAUUUCAACCAUGCAGGACACGCUUACAGGAGGUGUGACUCUAAUGGUUCUUGGGUGCUUGCAGAAAGCUCAAACAAGAGCUGGGUCAACUACACUGAAUGCAUCAAAUCCCCAGAAUCCAACAAAAAGAGACAGGUCUUUUUUGAAAGGCUGCACAUCAUGUACACAGUGGGCUAUGCAGUUUCCUUCAGCUCUCUUCUAGUGGCUAUCUUUAUUAUUGGAUACUUCAGGCGUCUCCACUGCACUAGGAACUACAUUCACAUGCACUUGUUUGUUUCCUUCAUGCUGCGUGCUGUCAGCAUCUUUGUGAAGGAUCAUGUUGUGCACACUAGUGCUGGGCUGCAGGAAUUUGAUGCUGUGCUUAUGAAUAACUUCACUAAUGCUGUGGAUGUGGCACCAGUGGACACUUCACAGUAUAUGGGUUGUAAAGUGACUGUCUUGCUAUUCAUCUAUUUCCUGGCUACAAACUACUACUGGAUCCUGGUGGAGGGCUUGUACCUGCACAGUCUCAUCUUCAUGGCCUUCUUGUCUGACUCUAAGUACCUGUGGGGCUUCACUUUGAUCGGGUGGGGUGUUCCCGCUGUUUUUGUUGCAGCUUGGGCAGUUGUCAGGGCAACGCUGGCAGAUGCAAGAUGCUGGGAGCUGAGUGCAGGAAACAUCAAAUGGAUCUACCAGGUCCCCAUUCUGACAGCCAUUGGGCUGAACUUCAUCCUGUUUGUGAAUAUUGUGAGGGUUCUCGCCACCAAGAUCCGCGAGACCAACGCAGGCAGAUAUGACACACGGAAACAGUACAGGAAGCUUGCCAAAUCCACGCUUGUGUUGGUGCUUGUGUUUGGAGUGCAUUACAUUGUGUUUGUUGGGAUGCCACACACAUUCGAAGGUCUUGGCUGGGAGGUGCGGAUGUAUUGUGAGCUGUUCUUCAAUUCUUUCCAGGGCUUUUUUGUGUCUAUCAUCUACUGCUACUGUAAUGGAGAGGUCCAGACUGAGAUCAAGAAAACAUGGACCCGGUGGAACCUAGCGUUUGAUUGGAAGGGUCCGGUGGUGUGCGGGAGCUACCGCUACGGCUCUGUGUUGAUGGGCCUUAACAACAGCACCAGCAGUCAGUCCCAGCUGGCUACUGGGGGCCCUGGCACCCGCUCCACCACGCUUUUCUCCAGCCGAGUCUACCGCAGCAGCGGGGGGCCAACUAUCAGUGCCCAUGCCACACUGCCAGGCUAUGUGCUGAAUUCGGAUGCUGACAGCUUGCCACCAUCCAUACCUGAGGAGCCAGAGGACAGUGCAAAGCAGGUCGAUGACAUCCUGCUAAAGGAGUCCCUGCCCACGAGGUCAAGCAGCGGUCUGGACGACGACGAGGAAACUCUGUAGAUAAUGGCGUGGUAAUCGCUAAAUUGGGUGUAAUAGCACACAGGGAAUUUGUUAAAGAGCAAAAAUGACAGUUCAUCGCCUGCAGCACACACUGCUUUGGGUGGCAACAGCACCUCUACAACGGACACUUCCUGUUCAAGCUGUGACACAUAGUUUUUUUUUUUGACACAAUGUCAUGUGCAGACAGAUUGAUAUGUUCAUGGCAAGAUAUCGUCACUCAUCACUAUAACAAAAAUACUGUUUACAGCAAUGGAAAUGCUGAUGGAU